UUAUACACAAAAGUAGAAACUUUGGUAGCAUAUGGUCUGAACGUUUAGACUAUAAAUAGUCCCACGACUUCAUGCUGACCCAUGUGAUAGUUUCAUCCUCUUGGAAUAAUAGUUCCCACAAAAAUGACGUUGAAACUAUUUCUAGUCUUAGGUCUUCUAGGAGGGGUCCUAUCCCUUCAAUCAAUCAAAGACACUCCGAGGACCAAAAGUUUGAGAUAUUCCAUUUCAGGCAGCAUAAGCAACUUACAGUCUCUAGCCCAGGCUGUUGGACUUCCUUCUUAUUUCUCUCUGCAGGUAACUCAUGAACGUGAAAUGCGAGAUGGCAAUGUAAAAACUCGACUCCAGUUGACCUAUAACGGCCUCCCUGUGCGUAAUUACGCACUUCGAGCAACCAGAAACUCAAAUGGAAACUUUGUUGGUGAAGUCAGAGGCUACUACCCAAACAUCAGUCCAGCUCUUGACACUUCCGCUUCCGUGAAUGAUCAGCAACUGAAGAAAGCCACCGCCCAGUAUGUCAAAGACAGAACCAUAAGACAGGACGUCGGCGAGAUCAAGGCCAAUGACAUUGACGAUUUCACAACCCAAAAACAGAUUUACAUCAACCCAUCCACAGGCGCCGCCUCUGUAGUUUACUUCUGUAAAGGCUUUAUCACUAUACCUACUUUCUUCCGUAAUCCCAAAGUCUUGUAUGAUAUCGCUUCUGGACAAAUUAUCUCAGGAAGUAUCUUGGUUAGAUUCGCAAGUUCUGAGAGCGAUGAGAGUGGUGAAGUGAAUAAACGAAACUCGUGUCCCAAUGUACAAGGAGGUAAUGAGAAACUGGGAGUCUUUAAUUAUGGCAGUGGAAGCAACGAGAUAUGUCUGGACGUACAAAGAGAUGGAGAUAAGUGUACAUUAGCGGGAGAUAACUUUGUCGUCCUGUCUCUGGAUAACAGCUAUGAUAAAAAGAAAGCCAAGACUGUGAGUUUCAAAUGUAACAAAGGACCCAACGACAGCAUCAAUGGAGCCAAAUCACCUUCUGUGGAUGCUUUCUACGCUGCCCAGUCAGUGUUCCGUCUGCUCAAUAGCUACAAAGCCAACCCUCUGGUCAAUAGAGAACCUUUGUCUAUCUACGUCCAUUACGGUGAAAACUUUGACAACUCUUUCAGUAACGGCAAAGAUGUUUUCUUGGGAGACGGCUCUGAGCUUCUUUUCCCAGCUCCUUCAGGGCCAGAUGUGGUUGCUCAUGAGAUCGGACAUGCCGUUUCUGCUGCAUAUGGUAAACUACAGCUGGGCCCUGAGUCACACACAGUGGAUGAAGCAUUUGCAGAUAUCACUGCAUUGGUAUUGAUGAGAUCUAUUGGGCUUGCAUCCGAGAAUGAUUGGUUGAUUGGAGCAACGAUUACAAAACAAGCAGGAGAAAGUUUAAGAGACUUGCAAAAUCCUUCAAAUGAUGACUUCUACAUCGACAACACCAAAUAUUUAGGAGCCAUCACAGCACCUGGCCAAGCGUCAGGCAUAAUUAGCAAAGCUUUCUACAAUGCUCUUCAGCCAGUGGUCAGCGCUGGACAAACUAAAAAAAUUGCUUACAGAGAUCUUUACGAGAGUUUCCUACAAGCCAACAUCAUUGAAUGGAACGAGGACUCCUUCCUAGCUGAUGCAGCCGUUGGGGUGGUGAACGCUGCUGGAGAUCUCGGAUUAGAUACUGGAAUCAUCAUAGCAGCAUUCGAAGCUGUGGGUGUAAAUGUCCGAGAUUUCUUGUAAAUUCUAACCCUGUUUACCCGAACAAAACGUAUUCAGAAUUCAGCUGAUAUUAUUUGAAUGUUUUGUACAUAAACUGAUUGUAUACCAUGUAGAAUACUUUUGUAUCUGUAUUUGUAUGUAAACAUCUUCACAUGUAUUUGAAUUCUAAUGUCUGCAAUAUUAAAUUUUUCAAAGCAUUUAUAA